UAGUCUCUUCCUCUGCGCCUUAUCCGCCCCAGCCCGAACUGGCUCAAGUGGUACCGGGUCCGAGGGCCCCGGGCCGAGCGUCUGUGCCGAUCACGGCCUGUAUGAGGGGACUUAGGGAUUCGGGGCCGGGAGCUAUGUGGUAGGACGGCUGCGGCGGAGGCCUGAGCUCCUGGAGAUCAGGAGCAACCAUUAAGAAAGGAAGAAUGCAGAAAUCUGAGAGUCAUGGAAGCCUUCAGAUGAGAAACAGAGUGACAGGGACCUAUGAACAAAGAACACCAUCAGGUUCCAAAGUACAACAUAGAUCUGUGGUACACCAAAACAAGUCAUUACCUUCCAGCAAUUCUCCAGAUCUUGUAAGGAAACCUCACCCUCGGCCAAGUGAUAAACUUAAUCCUAAAACUAUUGACCCGUUUAGUGAUCAGCCACGCGCCCCUUCUGCUUUUGCUGCUAUUUACUCCAAAGGAGGUAUUCCUUGCAGGUUGGUACAUGGUUCAGUAAAACACAAAUUACAGUGGGACUGUCUUCCUGAAACUCUUCCAUUUGAUCCUCUUCUUAUUACUUUAGCAGAGGGUCUAAGAGAGACUAAACAUCCAUAUACAUUUGUAUCAAAAGAAGGUUUUAAAGAAUUACUUUUGGUUGAAGGUGCUGCUGAAAAAACUGUGCCCUUGCUACCUAGACUGGUUCCUGUCUUGAAGGCAGCUCUGACCCAUUCAGAUGGUGAAGUGUUUGGAAGGGGAUUGAAUGCUUUAGUACAGUUGAGUGGUGUAGUUGGGCCUUCGCUAAAUGAUCAUCUGAAGCAUUUGCUUACAAGUCUUUCCAAAAGACUAAUGGAUAAGAAAUUCAAAGAGUCAAUCACUACUGCUUUACAAAAGCUAGAACAACAUGGUGGAAGUGGCAGCCUGAUGAUUAUCAAAGCUAAAAUUCCAACCUAUUGUUCCAUCUGCUCUUAAACCAGAGGAAUGAUAAAGCCAUUUGACUAAGUGGUGAGAGAUGUCAGAAGCUUAUGAUGAACAUUGUAGGAUCCCUUUUGAACAUGUUUCUUUUUUUUUUAUCACAGCUACUGAUUUGUUAUUUAUGUGAUAAAAAUUAAUACACAAAGUUGAUUCCACUGAAUCAUAGUAAAUAAGCAUUUAUCAGCAUGGGAAAAUGUUUAAUUAUGGAAAACUGUUGAAAGGACUUCUAUAGUGCAAUUUUGUGGGGUUUGUCAAUUUUUUUUCUUACUACAUUUGGUCUGUAUUAAGGACCACAGUUUUGUUUACAGUUUAAGCUCUGAUAUUUAUAUUUUAAUGCCUUUUAGUUAUAGUAUCACUUAAGUGAUUGCAUUAAUUUUUCUUAAUUACUGUCAUAUUUUGUAGGGUUUUUAGACCUAUCAUAGAAAUUAGUAAGAAUGGUCAAACUGUUUAGUAACUCACUGAUAAAUUAUUGCUUAUGAACAGGUUUUUUUAUGAUGUGCAAUGCUUGGUAAAAACAUCCAGAACAUUUCAAAAUAUGAAUUUUUCAAUAGUGUAAAAUUCUGUUGUGUUAAAACAUAUAAAUUAUUAUUUUACUAUAACUUGCUAAAACUAUACAUGAGUUUAGAUGUGUAAUAUAUAAGUAAAUGUUAUUUUUUAUAUUUUCUAAAAGAAAGGUGACUUGCAAAUUGGGAUAUUUAAGAAUUCAACUCUUGAAAUUCCAAAUUGUAUUCACAAAAUUUUUAGUGUUAACUUAUUAACCCU